AUGUCUUCACCUCGAGCUUCGGUUCCACCACCCAUAUCCAUUGCAUCCAAAUCAGACGGUGGCGCCAAAGGCCGAGCGCGCUCAUCUAGUAUCGUUGCAGUACAGGAAGUCGGUGGAAAUGGGGCAGAGGAAAUGCUGGAUCAGAGCGUGUAUAUUAACCGAAACUCCGAGUGGGUAAACGGUAAAGGCGCAUGGAUCAUACACCCUAUGCUCACAUUAGCCGCAAAAGUCCUCAUUGAUGUUCUUCCGGGAGUGUCUCAGGAGGCUAGCUGGACAAUAGUAAAUUUGGGAUAUCUCCUCGUAUCAUACGUUAUGUUCCACGGCAUCACAGGCAUUCCAUUUGAUCCCGACUUGCAUGGCGGCGCCUAUGAUGACCUGACAAUGUGGGAACAGAUUGACCAAGGUGCUCAGUAUACCCCGGCCAAGAAAUGGUUAUUUACUAUGCCGAUCGCGCUAUUUUUGUUGUCGACACACUUUACCCAUUACAACCCGUGGCUUUUUACAAUCAAUUUCAUAGCCCUACUAUUGGUCCUAAUUCCGAAACUUCCGCAGCUCCAUCGCCAACGAGUUCGAUUUUUGGUCGACGAUCCGACCCCAUCGGGUGCCGCCACACCAAUGACCCCGAUGACUCCCAGUGUAUCUGGAACAAACACUCCCACUUACCGCCGUUCUUGGGCAGAGCCAUCUAAUUAA